AUGCCGGAGGAGAAGGUCGGUUGGAUAAAAGCUGCGCGCCGAAUCCUUGCUCAGUGUCGCGGUGUUGUUAUAGACGAUAUCUUAGAACGAAAGCGGAUUUUACUGAGUUGGCUUUUCAAAUGGAGAAUUGGGAACUACUUAUGGAUGAUCAUAGCGAUGGGAAUAUUUCAUCUCAAACUUCUACAUGCUAUCACAUAUCCUCUGCAUUCAUUCCUCAUUAAAGGAUUCAAAACUACCGUUUAUUCGAAUGGAGAAAGCUUUUCUCUAAAUAAAGUUCGUGCCGAGGCGGUAAUGGUAAUUUUUGCUCUGUCAGCAAUUUGGCAUUGUUUCUCAUGGCCUAACCCGAUUAGUGCCUUGCGGUGGAAUUUCAGUGUUCGACCACAAGUGAACUUUAAGCCCCAAAUGUCUUUCAUUGCAAGAAGCUAUUCGGCGCCACAGAUGUCGUCAGCCUCUUGUUUGGAUCAAAUCAAAAUUACUCGAUCUCAGUCCGAAACAACACAAUGCAAAAUGAGUGGAAAAAUGGAUUUAGGCGUUAACAUACGCCUUAAAAAUAUUAUUCUCGAUUCAAUUUUAACCGUUUAUGAAACUAUCGUCAAUUUUCUAUCGUUAGCGAAUGAAUUCGCUGCCAGCAUGCUUAGGUCACGACCGAAAUUCUCACACGACGACUGCCUUCAUCUGUCAGCUUCUGACGAACAACUUUACACCGGUGAUAGUCAUCGAAUAGAACUGAAUAUAGAGAAGAGUGAAUGGAAGAAUACCAUUAAUGAUAAGUAUAACAACGGUAAUCAAUCUAAAGCCCAAAAGGAAUCCCGAACUGCCGACAACACACUCAUCGUUGGGCCAUAUCGUUGGCUCACUUGGAGACUGCCAAAAAUUCCCGUCGACAUUGAAUGA